AUGAGGGACAAUGUCAUCCUGUUGGGUACCAACGUGUUGGAAAUUCUCGGCAUUCAUAUAAGAAUUGAUAAGGACACACGCACAGAAGAGGCGAUGUGCAAUACAGGGAAGGAAAAGCAGGAUGAAUGCCCGGGAAAUACAAUUGUAGAAGGCGAUCAUUCAAGAGGGCAGCCAGAAGAGGAAUUCCAACAGGAAGAUUCCAGAGAGGAGCGAACUCGCCAACAAACCACUCUCGUAAUUGCAGGGUCCCCGACAAAUGAAGCCACGGUAGUGAGACGAGUAUACGUUAGCCCCGGUGGUUGCGUACCUAUCCAGAUAUCCACAAAGGGUCGCCAGAAGGUUGCGACGCUUUGCUCCGUUGACGCGCACAUCCCAACGGGAGUAUGUGCGUUGUCCAAAGAAGGUACUACGGAGAUACCAGUGCUCAACCACACAGCACAGCCGAUAAUAUUUCGAGAAGGACAAAAAGUGGGCACUUGGGAAGAGGUCCACUCGAUACACUCAGCACUAAGGGAUAUGGAGUCCGACAUGCUGGAGGUGUCCAAGGGGGUAGAGCCGGAGAGGAUCAACACCUUGGUGAAGCAACUCAUGAGCAACCGCGAGCUUGAUUGUUUCGCAGAAAGGUUGACCGAGGUAAUCACAACCUUCCAGGAUGUAUUUGCGCUGAGUGACAAGGAGCUGACGCAAACGGAUCUCAUUGAACAUGGCAUUGACACGGGUGACACCAAAGCCAUCAAGCAAAGAACCCGACCAGUGCCACAAGGAGUAAGGCCAGAGUUGAAGAAUAUUUUGGAUGAUCUGGAAGAACGAAAGAUCAUCAGAAAAUCUACCUCAGAUUGGGCAUCCCCAAUA